AUGCGCCUUUCUACAGCCCUGCUUCUAGCUGGGGCUGUGCCUACGUUUGCGAAACGAGCAAGGAGUGGCAGCCUCGCCAAAAGACAGGUUAUCACAGUUUUCCCCCGCGAUGCUUGGUCUACGGAAGAUCGCUAUACGAUUAUGGACAACGAUUAUACUGCCACAUCUAUGGGUCCAUUUCUCCUUACUCUUAGCGCCAACAUGACCGUCCUUGGGUUGACUGGAAACACUGCCGAUUCUUGGGCCCUGCAAUGCAGUCUCCAUGCACUCGCCCUGCUCGAACACGGCAAUCUCUCCUGCAUUCCAGUUGCCCUGGGAGAGUAUAAUCCCAUCACGAUAACCCAGGCUCGCUUCGACUCGUGCACCCAAGCUUGGGGAACUCUCGAUUGGGACGGUGUCUUCGCUCCCGAAAACCUCACCGCCGAAUCUCUCGGCAAUGACCCUACAGGUGGUAACCCAGACCGAAUCAGCAAAUCCGCCUUCGUUGAAGGUUAUCCGAACACAAGUUUCAUCGACCAGGCAGCCGCUGUUUUCAUGGUGGAACAGGUACACAGAAACGCAAAGGAACUCGUUAUCAUGGGCGGCUACGUGGACCUGAACCUCCUUCAAGUUACCUCAGACUGGAACCAGGACCUUGGCAGCGACAUCAACUUUAUAAUUGACCCCGAAGCUGCGCAUAUCGCAGUGACAGCGGAUUGGCCGUCCAUCACGAUUGUUGGUAACGUGGCAAAUUCCCUCUACUUACCCAACACGACUGUCCAGAACAUAGUUUCGAGAUCUCCCAACCUUUAUUCCGACCUAUCGGAAGAUUAUUACCUAGGCUAUCCACUGUGGGAUGAAAUCACGGCGGCAAUCAUGGCCUAUCCAGAAGUAGUGACUGACAGCAUUGAAGUGUACAUGGAGGUGAGCACGGCAUACGACUCCCCUUUCUAUGGUGGAACGUACCUUUGGGGAAACGAUUUUGCGCCUAUAUAUACUCGAAAGGUCAAUUAUGUGCUGGCAAUCAACGACACAAUGUUUUUUGAGAAGUUUGAUCGCGCCAACUUGUGUCGAAGGAAAAUGCAACUCAGCACGAGGCGAGCAGCUGAAAAGAAGCAGUGA